UGCUGUUUAGCAGGUCUCUGACGCCGAAAUACCCGGAAGAGCGUUACAGUGAGAAGAGAGGGGGAAGAAUAUAGUUCUCCAUUUAAUUCAUUUCGGACUGGCAAUAUUUGCUUACAGAACGUCAAAACCAAACCUUGCUAUAACGUUGUCUUCUAAUCUCGAGGAUGUCGGCGUCAGCGAUAUUUAUCCUGGAUAUUAAAGGAAAGGUGUUGAUAUGUCGGAACUAUAUGGGGGACAUGGACAUGGCUGAGAUUGACCACUUCAUGCCCAUUCUGAUGAGGAAGGAGGAGGACGCUGAUGUUUCACCCUUGCUGACUCAUGGUUCAUCACACUUCCUGUGGAUCAAGCACAGCAAUCUAUACCUGGUGGCUAUGACCAAGAAGAAUUCCAAUGCAGCACUAGUGUUUUCUUUCCUCUACAAAAUAGUGCAGGUGUUCACAGAAUAUUUUAAGGAGUUGGAAGAAGAAAGCAUCCGGGAUAAUUUUGUGACUGUGUAUGAGCUGAUGGAUGAGGUCAUGGACUUUGGUUUCCCGCAGACAACAGACAGCAAGAUCCUGCAGGAGUACAUUACCCAGCAAGGGCACAAGCUGGAGAUAGGCGCCCCUCGUCCCCCUGCUACAGUGACCAAUGCCGUGUCCUGGAGGUCCGAGGGGAUCAAAUAUAGGAAGAACGAAGUCUUUAUGGAUGUCAUUGAAUCUGUAAAUCUGCUGGUCAGUGCAAAUGGCAAUGUGCUACGCAGCGAGAUAGAGGGCAGCAUAAAGCUCAAGGUGGUCCUCUCCGGCAUGCCAGAGCUGAGACUGGGCCUGAACGACAAAGUGCUCUUCGAGAUCACAGGGAGGGAGAAGAGCAAGUCUGUGGAACUGGAGGAUGUGAAGUUCCACCAGUGCGUCCGCCUGUCUCGCUUUCAAAACGACCGCACCAUUUCCUUCAUCCCGCCCGAUGGCGAAAGUGAGCUCAUGUCCUACCGUCUCAACACAGCGGUGAAACCCCUCUUCUGGAUCGAGUCUGUGAUAGAGAGGUUCUCCCAUAGCCGUGUGGAAAUAAAGGUCAAGGCCCGGAGCCAGUUUAAGAACCGGUCGACCGCAAACAACGUGUCCAUCAUGAUACCGGUGCCCAGCGAUGCCGACUCUCCCAAAUUCAAGACCAGUAUGGGCAGUGCCAAGUGGGUGCCGGAGAAGAACGCGGUGCAGUGGAACAUAAAGUCAUUCCCGGGAGGGAAGGAGUACAUGAUGCGCGCUCACUUUGGGCUCCCCAGCGUGGAGAGUGACGAAUUGGAGGGGAAGCCGCCCAUAACGGUCAACUUUGAGAUCCCCUACUUUACUGUGUCUGGAAUCCAGGUGCGCUACCUGAAAAUCAUUGAGAAGAGUGGUUACCAGGCACUGCCAUGGGUGCGCUACAUCACACAGAGUGGAGAUUACCAGCUGCGGACAAACUAAGGGCAAGACUGUAAGACAAAUUAGUCUUUAUGCACUCUGGCACAUUUUCUGCCCCUGAAAUGGAGACAAGGUAGAGGACAAAAGGAGACGCUUCUGCAUCUCAUAUGCUGCAGUCUGGUCAUGGGCCUCUAUUCUGCGCUGGUUCACAAACCACUCUUUCUACAAAGAAACAAAUCCUUAGACUUGCAGUAUACCUUUCAUAUAACAAUGUUUUUCAAAGAUUUACAAAUAUUUUUAAAGUGUUUUCCUGAAGACUGCAUUUUAUCAGAGGUCAGAACAAACUAACUCAGUCAAAUGUGCAACUUCAUGGCAGGUAUACAAAACUUGUGGCUUAUACAGUAACUUCCUUGUACAGCAUGAACCAGCUGUUUUUAUCUGAACUUGUCACCCCUGGUUAUGCCUUUUAUAGUCUCAAUUCUAAUUCAAAUGUAAUGAGCACCACAUUAGCAAGGUAAAUCAUUAACAGAAGUACAUUUUGUUACAGUGAAAAACUUGAAAGAAUAUUUGUUUUGUGUUUGAAGGCUGGGCUUGCAAUGAUUAUUGAAUCGUAAUGAAUAGGAAAUCCUGUUACUCUCAUUACACAUAAGUAUAAAGGUCAUGUUUCUAUUAGGUGUGAAAUAACCGUGUAAGAUCAAAUGCAAUAACGACUACCUGAAUGGAAGUGGACUAACUGAAUGUACGGUCAUCUCAUGUUUACGUUUUACAUCAACGUGUUUAUUCAAAUUAAAAGAUGCACAACACAUUUUAUGCUUGGGGAAGGUCAUCAUCCACUGUAGAACAACCCAGAAGGCCAUUCACAGUACUUUACACCUGAUUUAUAAUAUUGUGCAUCGAAGCAGAAGUUGUUGCUGCGGGAGUGUCCAUUAAUUUGUAACUUUGCUGAGGCUGCUGUAGAAACACCUGCUUAGAAGUGAGUGGAACGCGGAUGUGACAUGAAAUGCUAGGGCACAGGGAUCGUUAUGGGCACAGCCCGAAAUGUACACAGUGCACAGAGCAGUCCAUUUUGAAGGCAACUGCUUACUAAUGGGAAUAUACUUUUUACAUGGCCUUUGUUGUUCAUUACACUGUUUUCCAUUUCCUAAUUUAUUUUGUUAUUAUUCCACCCUUGAACAUACAAAUCUUUGUCAGUGGCAAGAAUUUGUUACCUUCUGUAAAGGGAAACAAAGAUUUCUAGUAGUCCUGCAUUUGACAUAUGUAAAUUUGUUGAGGGGAAAAUGGUUACUUCCUAAUUAUUUUGGGUUAUCUGUAAUUGCAUAUGUGCAUCUUUUUAUUCAGUUCCUGUCUUAUUUAUAAAUGGCUGCACUGCAUGACUGUAGGAUACAAUGUUGGUCCUUUUAGGAAAUAAACUACUUUGCAUUGGCA